AUGUCUGGAUUGAGAUCAGUGGUAUACUUUGUCAAUUGGGCAAUCUACGGGCGUAACCACAACCCGCAAGACCUCCCCGCAGAUAAACUCACCCAUGUGCUAUACUCAUUCGCCAACGUCCACCCAGAAAGCGGCGAAGUUUACCUGACAGACAGCUGGGCCGACACUGACAAGCACUACCCCACCGAUUCAUGGAAUGACCAAGGCACCAAUGCCUACGGUUGUAUCAAGCAACUUUAUCUGCUCAAGAAACAGAAUAGAAAAUUGAAAGUUCUUAUCUCAAUUGGUGGCUGGACCUAUUCUGCCAACUUCGCGCAACCGGCCAGCACAGAAGCUGGAAGGGAGACCUUUGCUAAGACGGCCACACAGUUGGUUCUUGAUUUGGGUCUUGACGGUAUUGAUAUUGAUUGGGAGUAUCCACAAGAUGAUACGCAGGCUCAAAAUUUCGUUGCUCUUAUACAAAAAUGCCGUGAGACGCUCGAUCAAGCAGCAGGCCCGAAUAGGAAGUUCCUUCUCACAAUUGCUUGUCCUGCCGGAGCGUCGAACUAUCAAAAACUUCGUCUUAGUGAGAUGACACCUCACCUGGAUUUCUACAACCUGAUGGGAUAUGACUACGCAGGAUCAUGGGACCAAGUCGCCGGCCAUCAAGCCAAUUUGUUUCCAUCGAACCAGAACGCUCCAGCCACCCCAUUCUCUACCGUCGGCGCCCUUGAUUACUAUAUCAAAUCCGCCGGCGUUCCUCCCUCAAAGAUGGUGCUUGGAAUGCCACUCUAUGGCCGUGCGUUUCAAAACACUCAAGGACCGGGCACAUCAUACAACGGGGUAGGUGAAGGUAGCUGGGAACAAGGCGUAUGGGACUACAAAGCCCUUCCCCGGCCCGGUGGCAGCGACCAAGUCGACCCGGAGAUUGGGGCAUCUUGGUGCUACGACGGAAACACAAUGGUGAGCUACGACAAUGUCCAAGUCGGCGAGAUCAAGGCCAAUUUCAUUCGUAACAAUGGACUGGGAGGAGGCAUGUGGUGGGAAAGCAGCGGCGACAAAGGCGGAAGCGCCGCUGCGAAAGCAGAUGGUUCGCUAAUCGGUACCUUUGUAGACACCGUCGGUGGCGUGGGCGCUUUGGAUCAGUCGCCGAAUAAUCUCGAGUUUCCAGAGAGCAAGUUUGACAAUAUACGGACAGGCAUGCAGGGCGCUUGA